CCUUAAUCACCGCCGCUCUGCGCUCCGGAUAGAGCUGGAACCGCGACGGGACGAAGCCAAAAGAACCUGAGAGGAUCCACGUCUCCACGGUGAGGAACCAGCAUCAGCACCACCUACCAGCCUGAGAUCUCCACGUACCAGAUCUCCUCACCAGGUCCUGCUGAGGAGCAUGAAGCUCUGAAGCUCCUCCCGCAGCACCUCCACACCCCUCAUCUCCUGGAAUCAGGGGCCGGGAAAUGACUCAUCAGCCAUGUGGGCUGCCAUGCUAACAGGCCUCUCUGGCCCCUCCCCCCUCCUCUGGUUGGUCCAGCUCUUGUUGUGGCCGCAGCUCAGCGGGCCACGGUUGGCCGAGGCCACUCCCGCUUGUCCCGCCCCCUGCAGUUGCUCCAAUCAGGCGAGUCGGGUGAUCUGUACCAGGAAGGGAUUGGAUGAAGUUCCACAGAGCAUCUCAGUCAACACGCGAUACCUCAACCUGCAGGAGAACUCUAUACAGGUGAUAAAGUCCGACACCUUCAAACAUCUGAGUCACUUGGAGAUCCUCCAGCUGUCCAAGAAUCACAUCCGUCAGAUCGAAGUGGGAGCGUUUAAUGGCCUCCCGAACCUCAUUACCCUGGAGCUGUUCGAUAACCGGCUGCCGCUGGUGCCGUCACAGGCGUUUGAGUAUCUGAGUAAAUUGCGUGAACUCUGGUUGCGUAACAAUCCGAUCGAGACGCUCCCGGCGUACGCCUUCCACCGCGUCCCGUCCCUGCGCCGCCUGGACCUGGGCGAGCUCCGGAAGCUCAGCUUCAUCUCAGAGGCGGCCUUCGAGGGAUUGGUGAACCUCAGGUUCCUGAACCUGGGAAUGUGCGGACUGAAGGAUGUUCCGAACCUGACGCCGUUGGUGAGACUGGAGGAACUGGAACUUUCGGGGAACCAGCUUGGAGUAGUGCGUCCCGGGUCGUUUCAGGGUCUUGUCUCACUGCGCAAGCUGUGGCUAAUGCACUCGCGCAUCUCGCUGAUAGAGCGCAAUGCCUUCGACGACCUGAAGAACCUGGAGGAGCUGAAUCUGUCCCACAAUUCCUUGCACUCCCUUCCUCAUGACCUGUUCACACCUCUGCAGCAGCUGGAACGGGUCCAUCUGAACCACAACCCGUGGGUUUGUAACUGCGACGUUCUCUGGCUCAGCUGGUGGCUGAAGGAGACGGUUCCAGACAACUCGACGUGCUGUGCCCGGUGCCACGCUCCGCCCGGAACCAAGGGGCGAUACAUCGGAGACCUCGAUCAGAGGGACUUCACCUGCUAUGCACCCGUGAUCGUGGAGCCUCCGACCGACCUGAACGUGACCGAGGGCAUGGCGGCAGAGCUGAAGUGUAGAACUGGCACCUCCAUGACCUCCGUCAACUGGCUGACCCCUAACGGAACCCUGAUGACCCACGGUGCCUACAAAGUGCGCAUCUCAGUGUUGCACGAUGGCACGCUGAACUUCACCAACGUCACCAUGCAGGACACGGGUCCUUACACCUGCAUGGUGACCAACUCGGCCGGGAACACCACAGCGACCGCCGUUCUUAACGUCUCCGCUUCUGACCCCGGCAACGGGUACAGCUACUUCACAACCGUCACUGUGGAGACCAUGGAGACGGGGCAGGAGGUUCGUGACUCUGCGAGGCAGUUCGUCAACGAGACCUUCAUACGUUUCCCUGGACCUACAGCGUCAUCAGGAGCGUCGGGUCCUUCAGGAUCGAUGGCGUCAUCUCUGUCACCUCACGCUACCCGAGCUCCAGAGCGCCCGUUUACCGUCUCCAUCACGGAUGUCGCCAAUCUGUCAGGCCUGGAGGACGUCAUGAAGACCACGAAGAUCAUCAUCGGCUGCUUCGUGGCCAUCACCUUCAUGGCUGCCGUGAUGCUCGUGGUUUUCUACAAACUGAGGAAGCAGCACCAGCUGCACAAGCAUCACGGUCCGGCCCGCGCCAUCGAAAUCAUCAACGUGGAGGACGAGAUGGGGCCAACCGGAGGUGCGAGCGGGAUCGCCGGCGGUUCCACACUCCACUCGGGCGCCGGACCCGGAUCUGGAGCCGGACCCAAUCUGAGGAUGCACGACCCCGAAAUCGUCACGCUACCCAACAUCGGGCGCUCGGACCACGUCAACCAGUACUACAAACCACACCACUUCAACAACAACGUCCUGGGGCUGAGCAUGGGCAUGGGCAUGGGCAUGGGGCCGGGCGGCACCAAGACCAGCCCCUCGUCCAAGAAACAGCCCCAGCUUACCAAUCAGAUGGUCGGCCCCGGCGAUCCCACCAAUCCCGGAUCCGUAUCUCCACCGCUGCCCAUUCCGAUCCCCAUGGCCAUGACGUUCCACGGAACACUGAAAGGUCUGAGCCACGCCCCGAGCUCUCAAAACGAGCCUCUGCUGCUCUCCAACGGGUCGAAGGAGAGCGUCCAGGAGACACAGAUCUAAAAAACACACAAACACCAGCGCAGCAGCGAGUGUUCCGGGGGCGGCGGCCACGUCACGCUGGCUCUGAUGGAGAUUAUUUUGGACUCAGAGGAUUAUCCGAUCAAACGGACGUCGUUUGUACAGAUCGAUCAGAUGAAACUGGCACCAUCGUGACACGUGCCAAAGAUUUUGCGUUUCUUUUUGCAGUUUCUACAGAGUAUCUGUGUAUAAAAUAAAAUAUAGUCUAUAAUCCAAGUAGCGUAAAAACCCUGACGUGUUGCUCCGGGCGACGGAGGACUCACGGACCUGAACGUCGCGGCGGAUCUCCUCACGCGAGGGACGUGUGUUAUUACAGAGUGUGAGUUCAAGCCCAAACUAGAAUGAACAGUUAACGAACUGCUGUCGUCACACACACACACACACACACACACACACACACACACACACACACACACAAACACAAACACAAACACACACACACACACAUCACCGCUGCUGGGCUGUAGAAUCUCAUGAACAAACCCACAUCCUUUAUUUCAACCACAACAGGCUCCACUCAUGCGCCGCUACCGUAUAUGAAGGCUGUACGUGUGUGUGUGUGUGUGUGUGUGUUUUCUAUGCUAAUUGUGUUUUCAGCGUUGUG